AAGCUUUGCAGUUUGUUGACCUUCACCUUUCCUCGCAAUGAAAAUGAAAAUGGCUGACAGUAGUUCAGCGGUUCUGCGUCGAAAUCGCCCAGGAACAAAGACUGAAGACUGGUGUAAUUGGAGUGAUGAGGCAUUUGAAGAGAUGGAUAGCACACUGGCAGUGCAACAGUUUAUACAGCAGGCCAUACGGAAGGAUUUUACAAACAUUGAUGAGAUCUUGACUCCACCAGAAGGCAUAGAGGAGGGGGUUUGGAAAUAUGAACAUUUAAGACAGUUUUGUAUGGAACUUAAUGGACUUUGUGUUAAAUUACAGACUGAAUGUCAGCCGGAGCAGUGUUCACAAAUGACAGCUACAGAGCAGUGGAUAUUUUUAUGUGCUGCUCAUAAAACACCGAAAGAGUGCCCAGCCAUUGAUUACACCAGACACACACUGGAUGGGGCAGCAUGUCUACUUAACAGUAACAAGUAUUUCCCUAGCAGGGUGUGUAUAAAGGAAUCAUCAGUAAACAAGCUGGGUUCUGUAUGUAGAAGAGUAUACAGAAUUUUCUCUCAUGCCUACUUUCAUCACAGAACACUGUUUGAUGAGUAUGAGAAUGAAACUUACCUGUGCAGAAGAUUCACAAAGUUUGUAACAAAGUAUAAUCUUAUGUCUAAAGACAAUUUAAUUGUUCCAAUCCUAGAAGAUCAAAAUGCCAUAGAUGGAGAGAGUGAAGCGUGAUGAAGACUUAAUUAUUUAGAAUCUUAAUCACUGUCUGUUCUGUACAUUUGAGGUUAAGAGGGUUUACUCUCGACCAUACCAGCAACAACAAAAGAGAAUUGUAGAUUUGACCAUUGAAGGAAGUCUGUACUAACUUAAAGUUAUUCAGGGCACUUUGUAUGGAUUUUCCAGACUAGAAGUCAUUGUAUUCAGUGUGAAAAUGAAGCCCGAUGUGAUUACAUGUAUUAUACAAACUACUGAUACCUGUAUGUAGAUAGUGACACCAAGUAGCAUCUGUAAGGGAAUCAUCAGGAACCUGUACAAGGAGUCUUGUAUUAUAAUUAUUAUGCUUAUAUCAUUUAUUUAAUGUAUACCAGUAAAGAUUAAAUUCAUUAUACUAGAUAAUGUAAUUAUGUUUAUAAUGUUAACCAAAAAGAUACUGAUAGUUACAUAUACGUUGCUAUAUUUUCAUAUGUAAUUUUUACUCCUGUUUUAUAUGAAUCACUGGUUUAUAGAAACAGAAACAGAACAUUUUUAAAUAUAAAACAUGUUUGCCUCAUUUUAGAACCUUUGCCAUAAUAAUUUAUCAUAAACCAACAAUGAUUCUAAACUUUGUUUACCUGUGUUUCCUAUAAAAAAAAUCUACUUGUACAUGUAUCAGAAAAAUUGUUUACAAUGUACAUAGUAUCACAUACACCUCUUUCAAUAUACAUGUAAAAAAAAUCAUGGUUUUUGUUCUUUAAGAAAUUGCAACGGUAGAUUUUUUUUAUCUUUCAGUUAGUCAUAUAUUGUAAAACAUGGUACAGGCCCAGUCUAUCAUAUACUGUAUUGAAAAUUAAACAGGUUUUCUUUGCUCCUGAAUUCUAGGGGACAAAUUAAUAUGAUUAAAGCGUGUUUUGCAAAAGGUUUUUCACAGAAUUUGAACUCUGUGUGUGUGGAACCCAAGUAGUUGUUCAUGUAGCUUGAGCAACCAGAGACCUGUACAACAGAGCAAGCGCUUGUGAACAUUUCUGGUAUAAGGAAUUUUGGCGAGCGCUCACGAACGUUUGUGCUGUUGAACAGGCCUCUUGAAUAUUCAAGGAAGGGUCAAGGCAAAUUCUAUCACAGAUAACAGAAUCUGUUUAGAAACUCAUAUUUACUUAUUGUAGCAGGAUCAUUUUUUAUGAGAAUUAAAGUUUUAUAGAUUUGUGAAAAAUUAAAUUCAGUAAAUCUUACAUUCUGUGUAUACCAGGUAAAACAAUGCAAUACUUAAUUAUUAUCAUGUAAACGUAAAAUUUCAUUCGAGAGAUUGUUUAUUGAAGUGAAACUACUAAUUACUCCAUUGUAACUAUAUAAAUGCCAUAAGUAUUUUUUGUGAUGGACAGUUAUGUAUUCUGUAUUUAUUAAAAUGUAAAAGUCUU